AUGAAGAAAAUUUUAAUUUCAGUGGACGAUCGAACUCCGCGAUCGAAAUCCGGUGGUGAUGAUAUACGAGUAGCCGUGCUCGAACAGCGAGUUCGUGAACUCGAAACUGCGAUGAUUGGUGGCAUGCAGUCACCAUCCACUUCAGCGGCAUCUGCCUCGUUCAUGAUACCGGUCGUUGGAACGAAAGGUGGACGAAUGUUGACACAGUCAUCAGGACAGUUGCUCGUAACUCCGUCAGGAUUAUCUUCAACUCAGCAGCUGAUGGCCAAAGAGAUUGUCGAUAAAGAAGUGGAAAUAGAACGAUUACAAUCCCAACUGCGAAAAUGUUAUUCACGAAUGGAGUUGCGUCAAGUACAAUACGAUGAAGAGGUGAACGCUUUUCGACGCGAAUCAGACGAAGCGAAAGCGCAAUUGGCGAGAGUGAAAUCAAGGUUGAACGAACUCGAGAACGAAUGUAGUGUAUAUAGAGAGAAGGCGAGUGCUGUCGAAGCGGCUCGCACAUCCACAAUGACAAGUUCACUCGAGAAAAUCGCUUCACAGGAGAAGGAAAUUGCAACGUUACGCGCUGAACUCGAGAAGAUGUCACAGCUGACGACACAAAUUGAGAAGGCGAAAGAAGAGCUGGAGUUUUUGGAGUUGCAAAAUGACGCGUUGAGUACGGCGAUCGAUGCAAAGGACAAUACGAUACGCGAACUUGAAGAUUCGUUUAUUACGAUGAAAGCGGAUACAUCAGGCAAGUCGCAACAGAAGAGUGGUUCGGUUACGCCUCGAGGUGAUGGCGUCUCGUUGUUCGGUGCGCAGACAUCCUAUUUUAAUCGUGACUUAAGUGAUCUCAAGCAAAUCAAUGACACUUCCAAAAUCGGUGUGUCGCUGACAGAUUUACCCUUAGGCGUACCGAAAUCACGUUCCACCAAUCAGAUUGGCGUGAACGCUGCCUCGUCAGCCAUCUCAGAUCAAGAGCAAUUGCCCGCUCGUACCUCACAAAUGAUCCGUAAACAGCUUGCGGCUGUGUUGGAGUGUCGUUUGUUGGCGAAAUGCUUGAAGGAUAUCGCCUCAAAAGCGAUCUCUGGUGAUGCGCCCAGUGUCAAUCGAUUGCUCGGUUGUAAAAGUGAUUCAAUGUCUGAAUCGGAACCGGAACCACUCGUGAUUGAUCCGAAUCCGAUGACGUUGAAUUCGGCGGAGCGUUAUUUGAAGAAGGGUGCAGAAGAUAUGGUCCGUCUCGAGAAAGAUCUCAACGCGUUGCGUGAGAAAUUCGUCGAAUAUUAUCAGAAGAAGGUUGCAGAUGAGCUGAGAGAAGAUGAAGCAUGCAAAAUUCAGUAG